UCGGUCGGUGAAGCAGAGGUUUAAAGCGCAAACCAACGGAACGGAAGCAAAUGUUGUUGCCACUGCGGUGGCACGACGACGAGGGCAACCGUAGCACCCGGAGGAUCAUAAAACGCGGCAAUCCAGCGAUAAGCUUUUCGGUGAGCCGUUAAGAAGCUAUCAACGUACCAUCAUGGAGCUAUCGCUGUCGUCGUGGAAGCUAACGUGGCUGUGCGGAUUGGUGGGCCUGCUGCUGGUGACGGUGGUGCAGGGCACAUUUUUGGACACGUACCAGGUACAGCUGGCCGAGCUGCACAAACAGAUGAAGACGGAAAUUGGGAAACGGUUCCGGGAGAACAGUGAGCUGAAUGGAGUGAUGAUCACACAGGAUCUGAUACCGCUGCUGGCCGAGGGAACGGUCGCCAUCCGCGAGGCAAACGGUGAACUACGGGGACAGGUCGACACGCUUCGUCCGAGCGAUGCGACCGGCGAAUGUUGGGCUUCGGUCGAUGCGUUGAUCUAUCUGUACACACAGUUCGCACAGUGGGAUCUGCAGGACUGUACGUACGGUGGAUACUCCCAGUGGAUGCGGGAAGAUAGCCGGCUACGGUUUUACCCGGUCGCACACGAGCUGCAUCGUGCCAGCAGUGAGGUGAUCAACACGAUCGUCGGUAUACUGGCUGAGGAUAAUGUGGUCACGAACGGGGAAGACGUCGAGGGACGGUUGGAUGGCAGUUUGGAUCACUUUAACGAAGUAUUUAUCGAGGGACUGCAGGAUCUGGACGAAGAGAUCGAAAAGCAUAACGAUCGGAGCGUCGCAAUUGAGCAGUAUAUGCGCGAGUGUAUCGAUCGGACGAUUGCUACGAGCCGGGAGGAUGUGGAGUACACGGUUCGGUAUGCGGAAUAUUUCUGUCUAGAGGCAUAAUAAUAAAGUCCCGAAAUCUAGUCACUAGAGCUAGCGGUUUC